AACCUUUUACAGGGUCCUGGCCAAGAGGGAGGCCCGGAGAUUCCCGAUGGUGUCCAUGACUUUCAAGCGGAGCCGCAGCGACCGGUUCUUUAGCACCCGGUGCUGCGGCUGUUGCCAUGUCCGCACCGGAACGAUCAUCCUGGGAACCUGGUAUAUGGUGGUCAACUUACUGAUGGCUAUUUUGCUGACUGUGGAAGUGACUCAUCCAAACUCGAUGCCAGCUGUCAACAUUCAGUAUGAAGUGAUUGGUAAUUACUAUUCGUCUGAGAGGAUGGCUGAUAAUGCGUGUGUUCUUUUUGCUGUCUCUGUUCUUAUGUUUAUAAUCAGUUCAAUGCUGGUGUAUGGAGCAAUUUCUUAUCAAGUGGGUUGGCUGAUUCCAUUCUUCUGUUAUCGCCUUUUUGACUUCGUUCUCAGUUGCCUGGUUGCUAUCAGCUCUCUCACCUAUUUGCCAAGAAUCAAAGAAUAUCUGGAUCAAUUACCUGAUUUUCCCUACAAAGAUGACCUCUUGGCAUUGGAUUCCAGCUGCCUCCUGUUCAUUGUUCUUGUGUUCUUUGUCUUUUUCAUCAUCUUUAAAGCUUAUCUGAUAAACUGUGUUUGGAAUUGCUAUAAAUACAUCAACAACAGAAACUUGCCGGAGAUUGCUGUGUACCCUGCCUUUGAAGCACCUCCACAGUACGUUUUGCCAACUUAUGAAAUGGCAGUGAAGAUGCCUGAAAAAGAACCACCGCCUCCUUACAUACCUGCCUGAAGAAAUCCUGCCUCUCUCAAUAAACACUAUACCAGCUUUUUGUCUUGUUUAUUUUACAGAAUGCUGCAGUACAGGGCUCUUCAAAUUUACUUGAUACAAAAUUUGUUUAAGCAUUUGUUUUCAAAAUACUAAGGAGCUUUUCGGACAUCUAUUAGAAGUAUUUUGUUGUUGUUGUCAGGUCUCUACAUUUAAAUAGUUUUUGAAGACAAUCUAAAUUAGGCCAGAACAGAGUGCCAGUGCCUCUGUUUGCCUUUGUGUCGGGGGUGGGAAGGGCUUAUUCUUCACAUAUUUUCUUUUAUAACUUUGCACUUUGUUUAUAUACUGGUUUGCAUUUUGGUUAUUAACUGCCUUGGAUACUUUUCAAGAAGAAAGAAUUAAAUAUUCAGGGUGAGUGAGUCGGUUAUCAGAACUGAAGUUUUCCGUAUGGAAAUAGGAAAAGUAUGUUAACAUUUUGACUUGACUGUGGAAGAUAAUGGUUGCAUGUUACUAAUUUGUAUGUGUUUCCACCUUUGUGAUAAGAUGCUUUAAUAAAUCUCUUAAGUAUUU